AUGGCCUCAGGACAGACCCUUGGAUUCAUCGGAUGCGGCAACAUGGGAGGCGCCGUCCUAAACGGCCUCCUAAACAGCGCAUUCUCAACCCCAAGCACCGAAACCACAUCAAAGCCAAUAACCCGCUUUAUCGCGUGCACAAAAACAGCGGCCUCGGCAACCCGUCUACAAACAAAAAUCGCGCCGGAGCACGAACAACUAAUCAAAUUCGUCUCCAACCAAACCGUUCAAACAAUGCAAGAAUCCGACAUAAUAAUCCUCGGCUGCAAGCCCUUCAUGGCCGAAGCCGUCCUAACCGAACCAGGCGUCCGCAAAGCCCUGUCCAAUAAGCUCGUCAUCAGCAUGCUCGCAGGCCCAACAUGCUCAUCCCUAACCCGCCUCAUCAACCCAGACCCCAGCUCUGCAGACCAACCGCAUGUCAUGAAAGCUAUCCCCAAUAUGGGCGCGCAGUUCGGACAGUCCAUGACCAUCAUCGAGACUCCCGCGCCGGCGAUCCCGGAGUCUAUGGUUGCGGUCACGGAAUGGAUUUUCAAACAUGUCGGUGCGGUUAAGUAUUUAGGAUCUGAGCAGAUUGGACUGGCGACUGUGCUUGUUGGGGCGACUAUGGCGACGUUGACGUUGCCGAUUGAGGGGUUGUUGGAUGGGUGUGUUGCGGAGGGGUUUAAGAGGGCGGAUGCAAUGGAGUUGGUUUUGCAGGGCAUUAAGGGGUUGUCGGCUGUUUUGGAGUCUGGUCAGCAUCCGGCGGUUGUUAGGGAGAGUAUUUCUUCGCCGAGGGGGUGUACGAUUCAGACGCUUUUGAGUCUUGAGAAGGCCGGGACGAGGUCGGAUUUUGCAGAGGCUAUUGUUAGAGGGAAUACGCAUUUGAAGGAAAAGAUGUAG